UUUUGUUCAACAGUGGGGGUCACACGUGCAGCUUCCCCAUCACCCUCGGGAAGCCGGGACACCCUCUGCCUCUAAGAUGCUGCUGCUGCUGCUGCUGUCCCUGCUGUGGGCCGGCUCCCAGGCUCAGGAUUCCGGAUUCCAGCUGCGAGUGCAGAAGGCCGUGACGGUGCAGGAGGGCCUGUGUGUGUUGGUGCCCUGCGAUUUCUCUUACCCCCAGGUCCAAUAUACUAAAUAUUACCCAGUUCAUGGAUACUGGUUCCGGAAAGGGACCAAUACAGGGCACGGUGCUCCAGUGGCCACGAACAACCCCAACCGUAAAGUGCAACCAGAGACCCACGGCCGAUUCCGCCUCCUUGGAAACCCUGAAGAUUACAACUGCUCCCUGGACAUCAGAGACGCACAGAGAAGGGACUCGGGGACAUACGUCUUUAGGGUGGAGAAAGGGUCUUAUGUGAAACAUAAUUACCUACAGAACCAGCUCUCCGUGCGUGUGACAGCCCUGACCCACACACCUGACAUCCUCAUCUCAGGGACCCUGGAGUCUGGAUGCCCCAGGAACCUAACUUGCUCUGUGCCCUGGGCUUGUAAGCGGGGCACACCCCCCAUCUUCUCCUGGACGUCAGCUGCCCUCACGUGCCGGGACCCCAGGUCACACUUCUCCUCAGUGCUCAACCUCACCCCACAGCCCCAAGACAAUGGCACCAACCUCACCUGUCAGGUGCUGUUCCCUGCAGCUGGUGUGAUGGUGGCAAGGACCAUCCAGCUCAAUGUCACCUGUGCCACAGAGAACCCAACAUUUGGUGUCGGCCUGGGACACAGCACAGGUAGGAAGCAGCCUCCUCCUGGGCUGUAG